CCGCCCCGGGCCUGCGCCGCCGCCGCCGCCUUCGCCGCCAUGAAGCUGACCGACAGCGUGUUGCGGAGCUUCCGCGUCGCCAAGGUGUUCCGCGAGAACUCGGACAAGAUUAACUGCUUUGACUUCAGCCCCAAUGGCGAGACGGUCAUCUCGAGCAGCGACGACGAUUCCAUCGUGCUCUACGACUGCCAGGAGGGCAAACCAAAGAGGACCCUGUACAGUAAAAAAUAUGGCGUGGAUCUCAUCAGAUAUACUCAUGCAGCAAACACCGUGGUUUACAGCUCUAACAAAAUAGAUGAUACUAUUCGCUACUUGUCCUUGCAUGACAACAAAUACAUCCGAUACUUUCCUGGACAUAGCAAAAGGGUGGUGGCCUUGUCCAUGUCACCUGUGGAUGACACUUUCAUUUCUGGGUCUCUUGAUAAGACCAUUCGACUCUGGGAUCUCCGGUCUCCUAACUGCCAGGGUCUCAUGCAUCUACAGGGCAAGCCGGUUUGUUCAUUUGAUCCAGAAGGGUUAAUUUUUGCUGCAGGUGUCAACUCUGAAAUGGUCAAACUUUAUGACCUUCGUUCUUUUGAUAAGGGACCAUUUGCAACCUUUAAGAUGCAGUAUGACCUGACGUGUGAGUGGACAGGACUUAAGUUCAGCAAUGAUGGCAAGCUCAUACUCAUCUCCACCAAUGGCAGCUUCAUCCGUCUCAUUGAUGCAUUUAAAGGAGUGGUCAUGCACACAUUUGGGGGUUAUGCUAACAGCAAAGCCGUCACACUGGAGGCCUCAUUUACUCCAGACUCUCAAUUUAUUAUGAUUGGUUCAGAAGAUGGCAAAAUCCAUGUCUGGAAUGGGGAGAGUGGUAUCAAAGUAGCUGUACUGGAUGGUAAACACACGGGUCCCAUCACCUGUUUGCAGUUCAACCCCAAGUUCAUGACCUUUGCCAGCGCAUGUUCCAACAUGGCCUUCUGGUUGCCCACCAUUGAUGACUGACCCUAAUGCGUGGCUGUUUCUGUACUGUGAUGGUGGCCAGCAGGAAAAACUCAGAGGGGACUGAAAUGAUGAUGGGAUUGGAUCACUUGACUGGGCUGAGAACUUCCUUUCACAUGGCCUUCCCAUGGACGUGCUGCACAUCUGCUCAGAAGAACAUGACUUUGCUAAGCUUCUUCAGAAGGAUUCCUGGGGCUGCAGAUUCGGUUGGGAUUCAGCCUUUCCAGCUGUCACUGCACCAGGUUCCUUCAAGGGGGUGACCAGACUCACAAUUAAGUUAUGGUGGGGCUUUCAAGGCUCCUUCAAUUUUGAAUGUAUUUGCUGCUGGAGAGCCAGUGAAGUCACCAAUUCUGCAUAUCCUUCUCUCGCCCCCCCCCCCCCCCACAUAAUGCAUGGGAAGCCACAGUUCUGGUUUUGAGAUGCUAGGGCAGCUCAGUGCCCCUUGCCCUCACCCUGCAUGUCUUGUUACUCAGUCUCCCUGUGUAAUUGUGGCAUUAUCCCACAAUCAUCAUGUUUCUUAGGUGCCAAACAUUUACAGAAAAAAAGUCUUCAUAUGCAUUGGGGUCAGAAAGGGACAGAUACACAGGGACUUUGCUUGUGAGGAAGCUUUACCAUUAGUCCUGUAAGGGUGUGUGAUUUGGGCAAAUCUUAAGCUCUGAUGUUGGGUAGCAAAAGGCCCAAGAGCCUAAAAAGGGAGGGAAGGGGGUUAGUGGGUAAGUUCCAAGAGCUGAAAGGCUAGAAGCCUGGUGCGAUCCCCCAACAUCAAGACAAGCCCACAGUGUUUGCAGGGGGAGGGUGUGCCUACCAAGCUUGGUUUAUUCAAAAGCAAGGUAGGAGUCUAUUUUUGUACCUUAGUCGCAUCACGUUUUCCUGUGGGCCAGUAUUGUGGAAUGAGUUUUGAGUUUACACUAAUGCCUUCCUUCCCUGCCCACAACAAAUUGUGUACAUAGUCUGCAGAUGGCACCCCUCUUUCCCAGCUCUCCCCCAAGAGCUGGUAUUAGGCCUGUGUUAUAUGUUAUAUUUAGCCUUUUUAUAUAUGACCCUUGAUUUCUGUUGUACUUUAGCACAGUGUGCGUGUCCACUUAAAUAUAUUGUGCAGGCAUACGCAUAUCUUUGUGUAUGCAUAUCUGUCAUCUGUAGUUUCUUGGGAGGACAGCUGAAGGAAGGGAAUCCUGCAGCCCAGGGAAAAAACGUCUUUGCUAAUAGUGUUUGCUGCAAGUGUUAAGUCUUCGCUGUUAACCUUUUCCUUUCAGGAGACUAAGUGAAGCAAAGCUUCUAGUGUUUGCUGUUUCCAUGGCAGCUAUGUGAGGGUCUUAGGAUGAGUCCUGUGUGUUCCUCAAGCAUACUUGGGGCCCUUUCUACAGUAUUGGUCUCUCUCUUGCCUGAUGAUGCUCUGUCUGCACCUGUGUAUGUGUGACAGUCACUUUUGCAUGGCUUCUGUGCCUAGCUUGUGGCAUUUGGGGGCAGGGUGCUGGAACCAGUGUUUUCCCUUUGUCUGAAGCUUCUUUGCCAAUUACAUGUCACUGCCCACUUACCUGUGAUACCUGCUUUCUGGCUGUUUUUCUUACUUUCUCUUGAGAGGAAGGGGCUCUUGCUAGGCCCAGGUUGGGAAGAGCUGCAGCUGACCCCUGAACUUUCCUUCCUCUGCAUGGCCGCCUUAGAGCAGAAUGAGUGGUGUGUUAUUUCACAAGUUCCCACCCAAACAUUUAUGUAAGCAACACUCCCUGCAGAUCCAGAAAUCGAGGCCCAUCAAGGUUGUGACUCUCCCAAGAGUACAAAGCUGCUAGUGGGUAAAUCAAACCAUCACUGUUUCUGUUCAGCUGCAAACUUAGGCUGUGAAUCACAAGCACUUUCGUUUAUUCAAACUGAAAGGGCAAGGACUGAAAUCUGCAAGUGGUGCCACACCACCCGUUUGUCGUUACGUCUUCCCAUAUGGCUGCCCUUUCAAACCCAAUGGCCUGAGCUGUUACCGCCCACUUUCAGCACCUAAGAUCCAUGCUAGGAGUAACUGGUCAGGAAAAUGCUUGGCUCUGUGGAUUAACAAGAAAACCUGCAUAAUCCGUAACUAGAGAGCGGCUUGCCUGGCAACAGGAAAAUGUGAGUUCAUCUGUGCCCAAAGCUUGAGGCACCAUGCUCUUUAAAAACUGCCUCACAGCCUUUACCUGUGGGCCCUGUGGCAGCAGAGCUGACUCUGAAUUGGGAAGAAAUGGAACAUAUGCAGCUGGAAGUGACGUGCUGUGCGACCACUGAGGUAGGCAGGAGGGAGAAGACGGCUGGCACUGCAGGGCUGUGUUGAUCAGGAAGAGCCUCUCACCUGAAGAACUGGCCAAAGCCGCUGCUUUCCUGUGUGACACCCGACUGCACUGCUCAACCACCAGCCAGUAAGGUAUUUUUAAGAAGUUAUUCCCUGUUGUAUAAUCAAUAAUUAUUGCUUGUUAAGGAAAAUUUGGGAAUUUUACAAAGAACCAGUUUGCCAUCCAAAUGGUACCACUGUUACUCUUUUGAUGUUAAAUGUUCCUGUAGACAUUUCUGUGCAUAGAAUUUUGGUGUGUUUACAUAGUUGUUAUUCAACUGUAUAUAAAUUUUAUGUCACUUUUGUACUUAACAUAUAAACAUUUUUUUCCAUG